AUGGAAGGACUUGAAGAAGAACUGAAGAAGUGGAAGGAAAGAGCUGAAAAAGCUGAGAAAGCAAAAGCUGACCUUCUUCUCUGUAAAUUAAGUGCUGAUGAAGAGCAUGUUAAAGCCGAGGAGGAGCUGAUGAAGCUGGUGGAAUUGCAAGAGAAACAGCACAAGGACUUUAUGAUGUCCAGGGGCACCCUGGAGGAAGAACUCUGCCUCCUGAACCAAGCAAACGCUGAGCUGAUGAAAGAGAUUGAGAAGCUCAAAGAAGAACUUGAAGGUUACAGCUCCGUGAUGAAAAAAAAAGUAGCAGAGAUGCAGCUGAAGUUCACUCACCUGGAAGACAUGAAGGGUGCUCCAGAUGCAAACACUCACUGUGUUUUUGGUGCAACCACAAAAAUCCCAUUCAGGCUGAACCAAAAUGAAGCACUGCUUACUUUUGAAGAUGAAGAAGUUGCCCAGAGACUGAAAAAAAUGGGUAAGCACACUGUGAACCUCAACGACAAAACAGCAGAUAUGAGAGUGAAGGAUUUCACACUUGAAAUGGGAAUCAAAUUUGAGCUGCAUGUCACUAUCUCUGGGAAGAAGAUCAACGUUUCAGAAAUACCUGAGCUACCCAUUCCUGAGGAGUGGAUGAGAGACAAAUUAGAGCUGAAUUUCUACAAGUCUGAGAAUGGAGGAGGGGGAGAAGUAGAAAAUGUGACCUACGACAAGGAGUCGAGAAGAGCUGUUAUCACCUUCCUCAGACCUGGAGCAACUCAUGGCUUUGUGAAAUGUAGAUACCCAUUCUAUGUAAGUGGAAGGUGCUACAAGCUUCCUGUGUCCCCAGACACCACCAUACACUUGGAAAAGUUUCAG